AUGGUGGCUAGUAGGGGACACCGACAGAAUGGAGACGGCAGCUCAGGGGACUGGCAGAACCGCGGAGGUGGUCGCGGUAACCAGUGGCAAUCGCGGGGGCGUGAUGGACAAGGGUGUGGACGCGGUGGCUUUCCCCGGUGUCAGAUUUGCCGGUCACACGGUCACAUAGCCGUGUACUAUUUCUGGCAAUACUCUGACCAGCCGCCGGCACAGGCGAACCUGGCAGUUAACGGCGAUGGUGGUGCAGCGCCGGAUGUCGUGUCGUGGUAUCCAGACACCGGAGCCUCCUCCCAUGCGACUUCAGAUCCGGCGAUGAUGGCUCACUCUGAGGACUACACCGACAAUGAUGUCCUCCGGGUUAGAAACGACACAUGUUUGGGUAUUUCUGAUAUUGGGUGUGCUACUCUCCCAUCAGUUUCUAAAUCUUUAAAUCUGUCAAAUAUUCUGCAUGUUCCUGAUCUUUCAGUUUCAUUAUUAUCUGUUAACCGGUUUACCACUGAUAAUAAUCGCUCCAUUUCCCGAUCCUCGACUGAGGCAGAAUACAAAGGGUUAGGAGAUGUAUCAACUGAAGUUACAUGGAUUGUGUCACUGUUACGUGAACUGGGUCUUGAUUCUGGUAAACUAGCAACACUCUGGUGUGAUAAUCUUGGGGCCACUUACCUAUGCGCCAAUCCUGUGUUUCACGCUCGUACCAAGCAUGUUGAGAUCGAUUUCCAUUUUGUCCGUGACAAGGUGGCUUUCAGAGACUUCUUAGUGAAUUUUGUGUCUACGAAGGAUCAGCUGGCCGACAUCUUUACGGAGCCUCUUCCAGCACAGCGCUUUGGAGCGCUACGUGACAAGCUCAAUGUUGUCUCCCUCCAACCUUCAGCUUGA